AUGAUGGAGGACGACGUUCCAGCCAGUGGCGAUGGCAUAGUCACAGAAUUUAAUACGUACGAAGAUUUUUUAGAUAGUCAAAUUACACCUAUGGAUUUAUACUACCUGGAAGAUGAAGAACUUGCAAGACAACUUGUCGAAUUAGGAUAUAGAGGCUCCGGUGAAGUUCUUAAACGUGAGGAAUUUGAGGCUAGGAAGAAAGCAGCAGAAGCGAGUCGAUUAUCAAAGCGUGGCCAACAAAAGACAUUAGCUAGUUCUGGUAAAGAAUUAAAAGAUGAAUUUCUCAUAGCUUUAGCUCAAAGGGAAGAAGCAAAUAGGAGUGGUAAAAUGACAUCUAUUAUUUUUAUUCGAGAUAAAAAUUCUCGAGGUCAAGAAAUAUCAGGAUAUAUCGACUAUGCUCAUCGUCUAAAAACGGAAGAUUUUGACCCUAUAUUUAUUGGUAAAAAGAAAUUAUUACCUAGAGCAUCCGAUCUGAGUUUUUAUAACUGGGAAACUCAAACAUCGACAUCGAAUUCGACGCCCAACUAUCAAGUCAUGUCGGAGAAUACUUCAGGUUUAUUAUUUAAGAAUAAAAGAGACCGAAAAAUCUUGAACGUUGACCCAAAAGCGCAAACACCUGGUGAUAAUUCGAUGAGAGUGCCAUUAUUAACGUCAAUGUAUACUCAAGUGGUCAUUUAUGAUCAUAUGACACGUAGAAAAACUUAA